UAAAGUUGUGCACUAACUCCCCACAGUGUCUUUUACUACCACAAUGAUUUACAACUACAUAAUCAUAUGAAGUUACUGCUCUGCAAUCCUUACACGUAUAAUAAACAGUCAUAGUGGUGACAGUAUGAUAAUUUCUUUUCUUUCUCGUUGAUUUAAUGGCAAGAUUUUAAAACUACACAAACUGCUAAAUACUAUGACUGCCUUGUUUUUGUUUUGUUUUUACUCUGUGGAGGGUAUCAAAUGAUUUGUUUUAUUUUCGCCUUCUUGCAGCGAAGCCUAUUUGGGUGGAGAAGCUGAAAUCUGUGAUAGUGACGACUGGAAAGACUGCUGAGUUCAAGUGUGUGGCAAGGUCGGCUGUAGGGGAGCAGGACCGUCCGCUGGUACAGUGGUUCCUGAACGGCAAACCUCUAAAUGCUGGAAUAACAGGGAAAAUAGAAGUGUCUGGAACAAAACUUACUGUCAGUGGCGUCCGUAAACCAUACGAUCUCAUGAAUGUCCAGUGUAACGUGUCCAACAGCAUUGGUUAUCAGCUGGCAGAUGCUUUCCUUAACGUCAUAGACCAAACCAAACUGGACGUGAGGCCCCAACCAAAGUAUGUCGUUGACCCUGGCAAGGUGUUGGAGGUGCCUAUUAUGGCUGUCGCCGACCCUCUCUAUCACAGGCUUCUUACCUACAGGUGGUCUAAGGUGAAGGGUGGUCAGGCAGUUAGUAAAAACCCUGCUGAUCCUGUCUACGUGGAUGUGUCAAACACACUGAUCAUCAACGCGACGGGGUUUGAUCGAGAUCAGGCCUUCCUGGAGAUCCUGGGCAAUUACAGCUGUCUGGUGUCUAUGGGGCUGGAGAAAGGCGAAGGUGACGUGGUAGUCUAUACCCACAUCUCGUCUGAUGAGGAAGAAGCAAAAGCAGAACCUCCUAAAAUCAACAGUGGAUUUUUAAAGAAGAUAUUUUUUUGGGAUGUAACCGAUUCAAAAACAUUAGAUUGUACAGCUGAUGGAAUCCCUGCUGUAGAGUAUGAGUGGCAUCGGAAUGGUGUGAAGAUCGUUGAACAGCCCGGUUCUGUAGAAGUCAGCGGCGGGAGGCUACAGCUGUUGAGGCCCACUCUCAAUGAUGAGGGCUUUUAUCAAUGCUUCGCCAGUAAUGCGCACGGAAAAUCCAUGUCUACUGUUGUGGAAAUUCAGAAGGCUCAGUUACUCGACUAUAAAACACUUCCGGUUGCGAAUAUUGGGACGCAUGAUGUUGGUUCUCACGUGACCUUAACCUGUCGUGACCAACCAAUGAGCGUGCCCACUGCCGUCUAUGAUUGGUUCAUUGGCAAGUCUGAAGCUAUCAUAACUGGAGGUCGAAUCGUCAUUGAUCAAGUAGGAGAUCUACAUUUCAUCAAUGUGGAAAUGGGUGAUGAGUUGGCUGGAGAAAAAACGUACAACUGCUCCCUCUACAAUGUGGUUGCUCAGCUCAGGGUCUCUGGUAGCCCCACCAAAUUUAAAGUCAACCCAGGUAUGGUUUCUGCACAAAAUAGAAUGCGUGCCUAG